UACAACUUUGGCACCAGAGCUGGCCCCACCACGGGACCCGAUCAUGAUCACUUUGAACACCAAUUAUGCAUUAAGCUGGGACUGGGACCAGAGUCACGCAGAGAGGCAUGCUGUCACCUUUACCACACAAUAUGUUGGGUGAUUAUUUUUCCGCACACAAGAGAAAGAGUUUCAUGCACAGAGGAGACCAUGUGACUCAGCCCUGGAACGUGAUCAAGCCAACGUCAUUUCUGAUUUUUUUCUAAUAAAGGAUGACUCCCUCAAAAUGGCUAGUGUUUUAAGUUACUAUAAAUGAUACCUGAAUGUGUGUUUGCUAAUCUCCUCAGGAAGUAUAAGCUGGAGUCCAAGAAGACGAGUCCAAACUGGUCCACGGCAUGUGAGGAGAUGUCACACAGGUCAUGUGAUCUUACAAUGCGCGGCCUGCACUACCUGGGCAUCUAUAUGCUUCGGGUACGGGCCAAUGCAAAUGGGCAUCACUCCAAAUGGGUGCAGUUGGAAUUCUGCCCUGAUAAAGAUGCUGCUCUGGGCCCUCCUGCCAAAGUUGACCUUGUACCUGCUGGAAGUGACCUUGAUGUUUUCAUCUCUGAACCAUUGACAAGCAUCAACACCUCUAUGAGGGAAAAUCUUUCCAAAAUGUACUACCACAUCCUCUACUGGGAACAUUCUGAAGACUCAAAGGCCUUAAGAACCCAGACGUUAAGCAGCAAGGCCAAUUUGGUGACUUUGCCAGGCCUGAAGGCUUGGACGUUGUACUGUGUGAGCAUCCAGUCAUGCAACGACUUCUACAACAAGAGCAGUAGCUUCACUUCGCCCCAGUGUAUGCAGACUGAAGGUAAUACUCCAUGGUGGCAGAUCAUCCUGUACUUCGUGGCCUCUCUGGUGAUCUUCUUCCUUGUCAUGCUGCUCUUACUCUACAUCCCCUUUUGGUGCUACAAAACAGUCAAGGCAACGUUGUACCCCUCAAACCAGUUGCCUCCACAUUUCAAGGAAUAUCUCUAUGACUCUCCUAGUUCUGACAUUCCUCGCCUCCUCACUCCGGUUUCAGAAUCAGAGCUGCUGUGUGAUAAUGUGAUCAUUUUUGCUGAGCCAACAGUCCUGGAAAUCCACAUAUUCCGUCCUGAUGCCAUGGCAGCUCCUCCAUCAGACCUGAAUGGAAGACACAGUCGUCAGGACAGCAGCAGUAGCAGUGGAGACUCUGGAGUUUAUUCUACUGGGGGAACCUCCAACCUGUCACAGCUCAACAGCAGUCAAACCUGCAGAGGUACGGAAGACCUGGAGCAAGUAAAGAUGCAGGAAAUGACUCCAGGCCUCGAGACACAACUUCUGAUAGCAGAUGAGGGCAUUGUAGACAUGUGUGUCUGAACAUAUGCAUUUAAAAAUAUAUUAGUUGCGAAGAUACAUAAAGCAAGGAUUAUGUUAAGGAAACUGGAGGUUUGUGGAUAAUGUACAGUGUGGCUUUUUGUUCCUGUAAAAACAAUUUCUAGAAAAAAGAAGGUCACGAAUGAAUGACUCACACAAGGAAGAAAACUGUUGAGCUAUCAUGCACCAUCUCACUUUCCAAGAAGGAAGUGUGUUGUUAAACUAAAAAGAAACAACUUCAGUGUUUUUGUAGCUCUCUUUAAAAUUGCUUUUGAAGAUCCAGUUCCAUCAGUGACCUACAUUUGGCACCAACCAGGAGUACUGUUAUUGCUCAUCUUCAGCAGCCAAUGUCUUAAGCCUGAUUUUCUUCUGUGAGUGGUUGAUAUGUCGCUGUAAUAUGACUAUGAGGGAUUUAGUGUAUAUUUGUUUCAGUCUGCAUUAAUAAUGUUUUUGAGCGUAAAAUCAUGUUUUAUCCGUCUUUUAAUAUCCAGUGCUUUAAUAAGAUAUUAAAAGUAGCUGAUUGGGAACCAUUUUAAUGAAUGGGAUGAAUGUUGUCAAAGCACUGCAGAAAAGUCAAGUAAAAAAAAACACAAUAUAGCAAUUGUGUACCAGGACUUAAUAUUUCAUAUUGGCUUGUCCAAAUAAUCGAAUGCUAAUUAAUACAUACCGGACAUAUCCUGAGAAAAAUAAAUUGGAAAAAUAUUUUCAGGGUAUGGUUGACAGUUGGAUUCUUAUUGGUGUGAAAUAAAAAGGGGAAGACCAGAGGCAGGCGUUUCAUAAAUGCAAUAUGUGACAUCCUUUUUACAGUACUAUAUAUAAUUUAAAGAGACUUAGACCCACAAUGAUCCAAAAUGUACUGGACAAUUGAUGAUGCAUCCCCAUUUCCUCCCUCUGGUCCCGCCAAUAUACCCACUUGACGUCUCAGCUGUCAAUCAUGAUGUUUCACUCUGUUUUUAUAGCACCAAAUUACUUAUUAAAACCAAACUUACAGGAAAAAUGAACAUGCCUUUGUGUGAUAAGACCUACUUAUAAUGACAGAAACCAUCUUUGAGAAAAAUGGGUUUAAUGUGUUCUCCUGUCUAGCGCGCACAUAUCCGGACCAAGACUCCUGUUGUGUGAGUAGUUUCUUUUAUCAAACGCCAACAGAUUUUGAGUCAGUCCAUGCUCCCUCCAAACAUGUAAACCUUGAGUUUCUACAUAUAUCCAUGUAAAUAUAUUGUAUGCCUUGGGCAGUGCUGGUCAUUGUCACUACUGACACAAUGAUAUUUAAAUAGUUAUUUUUGUGUCUAAAACAAUUGGUUAAAGAAAAUUAGGUUUUAUUUUAUGUGCUUGUGAUGUGGAUCUGAGAAAAACACAAUUUUAUUACAUUUAUUCUUCCAUUUAUGAUCCUAAUAGGAUCUUGGUGCCAUAUUGGUUUCGCUUGUUCUGAAAAUAGAUUUUUUUUCUCAUAUUUGCAUAUAACUUAAAUAAAAUAUGAUUUCUACUGCUGCUGUUCUCAUGUUUUGCGUGUAUUUUUAGGUUUUGAUGGAGAAACCUGGUUCAGUUAGUUAUAAAUGUUACCUUACUUGCCAGAUCACUUAAUCCAUGACUUUACAUUCAAAAGAACAUUAGCAAUUUUUUUUGUGAAAUAAGUUCAUCGUUGUUGCUGAAUUUCCUCUGCAUUGUUGGACAAUUUUUUGAUAUUGUGUCUUAGCCUCUUGUGAAGCUUUGUGUUGGUGAAUCUACAGCAGCCAUGUUAAUGGACAAUCAAAGAUAAUGAAAUAAAACACCCCAAUGCGAAA